AUGGCCCCGACCUCCUUAGGCCAUGCAGGCAACCGCUAUCCUCGUCUGACUUACUCCAUCCUCUCCCUCGCCACCCACCACCUCGGCAAGCUCCUUGGUUACUCGCGCCAGGAUCUCACCAACCAUGUCCACUCAUACGUAAAGAGAGGCGAAAAGCAUGACGCGAAUUUCGUCGUCUUCGCUGUGCUCAUUCCGGUGCUCGUCCUGCUGUCCGGACUCUUCGCCGGGCUUACCCUGGGUUACAUGAGUUUGGACGAAACGCAGCUGCACGUUCUCAGCAUAAGUGGCACACCGAAACAGAAAAAGUAUGCCGACAAGAUUCUGCCCAUUCGCAAGAAUGGCCACCUCUUGCUUAUUUCCCUCCUGCUUGCCAACAUGAUCGUUAACGAGGCACUGCCCAUCAUAUCUGAGCCUGUUCUUGGGGGCGGAAUUGAAAGUGUCGUGGUCAGCACUGUUCUCAUUGUCAUUUUCUCUGAGAUUAUUCCACAGUCUCUCUGUACCCGGUAUGGUCUGGCUAUCGGUGCCCAGAUGGCGUGGUUUGUCAAGCUCCUCAUUCUGAUUAUCGGUGUCGUCUCAUGGCCCGUGGCCAAGCUGAUGGAACUUGUCCUGGGACCUCAUCACGGUAUUAUGUACCGUCGCGCAGAACUCAAGGAACUUAUCGCCCUUCAUUCCGCUGCUGGCGUAUUGGGCGGCGAUCUGCAGUCGGACACUGUCACUAUCAUCGGCGCGACUCUGGACCUGCAAGAGAAGGUCAUCCGCCAGGCUAUGACCCCCCUCGAGAAGGUAUUCAUGCUCAACCUCGACUCAAAGCUCGACUACGAAACCAUGAAGCGCAUCUGCGACACUGGACACUCCCGCGUCCCGGUGUACGAGGAGGUCGAAGUGCCGACCGUGAUGCCCGUCGCUCUCAAGGGCAACGCCGGUAGCGGCACGGCCACACCCACGAAGACUGCCGAAGACGCGCCGCUCCCCGACCGCCUGCAGAAGGUGAAGAAGCUGGUGGGCGUGCUGCUUGUGAAGCAGCUGCUCCUGCUCGACCCGAAGGAUGCGAUACCACUCCGGAGUAUCACGCUGAACCCGCUCCCGUGCGCGCCGCACAACGAACCGCUGCUGAAUAUCCUCGACAAAUUCCAGGAGGGCCGCAGCCACAUGGCGAUUGUCUCACGGCUCAGCGUUGAGAAGGCGAAGAGCGUGCAGCAUGAGGUCAAGAAGGGCCUUACGCAGCGCCUCAAGGACCGUGUCGGCAUGGGCGACAGCUCAGACAGCAGCAGCAGCGACUCCAGCGGAGAUGAGAGCGGUGGAACUGGCACCGGCACCGGCAGCGAUCCCGACACGGACGGCAAGAAGAAGCGCAAGGGCUGGCGCCGCCGCUCACACAAGAAGUCCAAGUCGAAGGAGAACGCGGCGGAGGCGGGCGAGGCGAAGGCGGAGGCGGUCGAGAUGGGCAACAUACGCAAGGAGAACGCGCGCGUCAGUGCUCUUGCCAAAGCGAUGAGCAACGGUCGUGAGCAGAGCCUGCCGGACGACGCGGUGCUCGGUCGCGAACAAGCCGAGGACUUCGUACAAAGCAUGGACCCCUACAUCCAGCCUCUCGGUAUCAUCACGCUCGAGGACGUUGUCGAAGAGAUCAUCGGCGAGGAGAUCUACGACGAAUUCGAUCAGGAAGGGCAGGGCCACCUCGGCCCGCUCCUCUCGCCCGACGCGAAGCGCUUCUUCGCGCGUCGUCGCCGCCCGGACGUCUCCCCUGCCGCGCGCGGCGAGCUCACCGCGGAACCCACGUCAAUACCGAGGGGUGCGCAGACCGUGCCGUCUUCUCCCAACCUGCACGGCGGUACUCUCGUCGGCUCUCCCCCGCCGCUAUCCCUUGCUGGGGACCUGCAGCAACCGCAGCAGCCGGCCGCUCGCAGACGCAGUGGCGCGAGUAGUGUGAUCGGGAAGGUGUUUAGCGGUGUGCGCCGCGCGAACACCUUGCCCGGGCCGACUGCAGAGGCGAGCCCCGCCGCGGAGGGGGAAACGGCGCUCGAGGAGAAGCCGAGUGAAACAACGCCCGAGGAGAAGAAAGGCGCGCCCGACAAAGACAUCGAGGGUGAUGACAACAGCAAAGUUUGAGGCUGUAUUGAGCUCGGGUGACGACCGUGAUGAAGACGGCGGUGACGAUGGUCAUUGGGAUAGAUAUACUUGCUGGCGGACGCUCUAAUCACGACUGUAUACAGUACCUGUAUGAUACCUGGACGUUUCUCCCUGAUGAU